UACUUGAGAGAGAGACUUCUUUAAUGAAAUGAUUUUUAGAUUCACUUAGAAUAGUUGAUCAGAUCUGAUUUCACUUCUAGGGAAGAAUUAGGACUCUCUGUUGGUGGAAUGGAGGCGGCUCAUCAGAAAGCUUCUGGUGGUGAUGAAAAGAUUUGCAGAAGAAAAAACGAUGGGAAAACUGUGAAUUGCAUGAAUGUUAGUGGUGAUAAUAAGAUACAGUACUGUGAUAAACAUUACAAAGAUUUCACAGAUUUUUACUCAGAGAAUCCUUGUCUGAUAACUGCAAACAAGAGUAAAUGUCUACCCAAGAAGAAGAUGGAGGAGAUCGAGUUGCUGAAGAAGAAUAAGCUGCCGCUUCCAGAUGAACACUUAUGUCGUCACAAUACUGGUUCAUGGAGAUGCAAGAAUCUAAGGAUGGGUCAUGGUGCUGCUGAUGAUGAUCAUAGUGUUCUUAAGGCUAAAGUUUGUGAAAAACAUUACUAUUAUUACCGUCAGAAUAAGAAAAAGAGAAGUAGAGAUGGUGAUGGUGCAGCUGCUACUGGUCCUAUAGAAGAAACUAGGGGUUCCAAUUGCUCGAAAAGGGGGAAGAAGGUAACGGAGGAACAUGACCGCUCCCUUGAUGUAACAGGAAUUCAACCACCUACUACUGAUAUAGAAGGUGGUUCUGCCAAUGUUGGGACCAAGAGGGAAAAUGUCCAAGGAAUGGAAAGGUCUGGCGAACUAGAUUUUACAGAUUUUUUAAUGGAAAAACCAUCUUUGAUCACUUCAAAUGAAAUGAAGAAGGAGAUGGAGAUGGAGAAGAAGAAGCUGCCUCCAGAUGAACAGAUUUGCUGUCUUACUAAUGGAAUGGGAUGGAGAUGCAAAAAAUUUAGGAUGAGUUAUGGUGCUGCUGCUGAUGACGCUAGUGUUCCUAAGACCAAAUUUUGUGAAAAACAUUACAACUAUUAUUCAAGUUAUAAUAAGAAUUAUUAUAAGAAGAAGAAGACAAGUGGAGAUGGUGAAGGUGCAGGUGCAGGUUGUACUACUGCUACUGGUCCUGUAGAAGAAACUAACUGCUCGAAACCGGGGGAGAAAGUAACCGAGGAAGAUGAUGAUGCAGAAAUUCAAAAACUAGGAUCUGCUGCUGAUAGAAUUGGGAGGAAGAGCGAAAAUGUUGAAAGAGCAGAAAAGUCUGGAGAACCAGAAUCAUUCAAAGGAAUGGGGGAAACUGUGGUUGAAUUGGAGAGUCUGGAGCAUUACAAGAGUAAGUGUUUUCAAUUGUCUGUGGAGCUUGAGAAGAAGAAAGUGGAGUGCACCACAAUCCAGGGUAAAUUGGCGGAGGUAGAAGAAACUAGAAAGACUGCUGCUACAAAUGAGAGUGAACGGACACCCGCGGAUGCAACUGAAUGUUGGAGGAAAAUGUUUUCUGAUUUGACAGGAUGGGUAGAGUCUCGCAUUUCGGAUUUGGAAAACAUAAUCCUGAGGAUGGAUAAUAAAGUUUCAACAAUGGAAGGAUGUGUAGAGUCUCGCAUUUUGAAGUUGGAGAGCCUAGUCCCGAAAAGUGGAAAGGGGGGUUCAAUAUUGAGAUGUGUACAACUGUGCCAUUCAGAAAAGAUAGAGUCCGAAGCGCAGGGUUCGCAAAAUGACUUUACUCGGAGUGGUGAAAAGCUAAGAGAUGAAAAUGAUAAGAAGGAUUCUGAUGUGUAUGAGUGUAAAACCAAAGAGAAGGUGCUGAAUGUGUAUGACGCUGGUAGUCUGUAUCAAGUGAGGGUGAAAACGUUGGAGAAAGGAAGGGUUGGGGCUGUUCGAAGGAGGGACCAUCUCAACAUGGAUCAUCAUCUCAAGAUCAUCUGGAAAUGAGUACGGAGCCUUUUGUGAACUUGGUCUCAGAUGAUGACAGUGUUGAAAUUCUUGGCGAAUUUGAAGAUUCUGAUAGUUCUACUGAUUCAGAACAUUCUCUUGGGACCCUGAUGGACAUGCUGGCGAUGAAAUAUAGAAACAGGAACGAAGACAAAGAUAUCAAAUGGAAGUGUGAGGCUGAUAUGCUUUCAUCAUUUGAAAAGGGACCUGAUCUCUGAAUGAAAGCUGUUUGUGCUCUCUGUCGACAGCAGAUAUCUAAAGAAGAAAUUUCAGACAAGGGGUUGCUCCAUAACAGUGAUGCGCUCAGUUAUCGAAGGAAUUGGGUGGCACCAGAUAAAUUAGUGGUUGGUUUCUUCGUAAUUGUCAGAUAAAAGAUUUGCUGGCUGUCCAUAAUUUGAAAUCUGUCGUGGUUGACCUGGGGAGCAGAAGAGAUUCUUGCUUGUGGCUUCAACUGCACAGGGCAGGGUAGCCAUUCAGAGCAGAAGAGAUUCUUCGUUAUGUCGAAACAAUGUGUACUACUUUGGCCAAGUUUCUAAUGAACGAGGACUGUGAAGGUGACCUGAACAAGUCUGUGAAAGAGUUGGAGAUAUUUGAUUCUAAAGGGGUUGAAGACUGCAAGAGGCUGGCUAGAAGAUACUCGACGCAGUUAUUCAGUAUUUAUCAAAAUGGAAAAGAUCCUUUUUUCCUUCCAUCUACAACUGCCAGCCAUGGAGAUGAGACUUCCAAGUGAUGGAUUGUUGUGUAAGUGGACUUCACUUGUUGUACAAAUAUGAAAAUGAAAACUGGUUAGUGUAGUAAGUGAUAGUAUUAUGGUAGUUACACUUCAGGUUUUUAUGGUAGGGUGUAAAUGGAGAAAAACAACCUUUGUUCAGCUCAUGGAACUGAUAAUGAAAUGUGUGAAAUCUAAUUACUGAAAUGAUAGCAAGAUUACCCCUUGUAUUUUAGUGUAACGUUUUUUAGAACGUAACAAGGUUGCUGACUGUGUGUUGCAUAGUUUUUAUGAGGAAGUCUAGUGGAAAAAUAAAGUACAUUUACGGUGGCAUUGUAUGUGCAAAUUGUGUUAUAAUCAACAUUAUUACAGUUCUUUAUCAUUCUUCAUAACUUU